CGGGAGAAGAAUCGACUCGCGGCUAGCCGAUGUCGAGAAAAGUCCAAGAAGCACAUCGACGACCUCCGGGAGUGGGAACGCGAAUUGACGGCUCAGCGCUCUUCUUUAGCCGCUCACGCCGCCAUUCUAAGAGAGGAGGUGCUCCAGCUCAAGAACGAGAUCAUACGGCAUGGCGACUGUGACUGCGACUUCAUACAGAACUAUCUCGCUUCCGCAGCCAGGAACAUGGGCUAG